CUGUGAUUUAAUCAACAUGGACGAAUCGGACUACUGGGGACUCGCGCGUAGCAAUGGGAUGAACUGCACACAACCCGCCAUUGACGAUUUUCCCCGGGACCUGUUCACCGAGGAGCAGCGCCAGAAUGGGGCAGUAGUGUUACAUGCAAUCGCUAGUUUAUAUUUAUUUGUAGCUUUGGCCGUAGUUUGUGAUAAGUAUUUUGUACCUGCCGUUGAAAAAAUUUGUCAAGCGUUAAAUAUGUCCAACGAUGUAGCGGGUGCUACGUUCAUGGCAGCGGCUACCUCCGCUCCCGAGCUGUUCGUCAACGUGAUCGGCACGUUCAUCACCGAAGGUGACAUUGGCGUUGGCACCAUCGUGGGCUCAGCCGUCUUCAAUAUCCUGGCUGUUGCCGCCUGCUGUGGGAUCGGCGCCGGAAUGGUAGUGCCACUGGAUUGGUGGCCGCUGACGAGAGACUGCCUAGCCUACGGUAUCACGGUAGCCAUUUUGAUUUGCAUUAUCCAUGACGAGCGUGUCGAAUGGUACGAGGCACUGAUACUGGUGUUGCUCUACAUCGUGUACAUUGCUGUGAUGUACUAUGAUAAAUCUUUUCAAAAAUGUGCCAGAGGUGGUUUGAAGCACGCCCGAAAACGAAGAUCCCAUGACACCUCCAGCAGCCUCAAGUCAGAGUCUAGCCGAACGCAAGAGGCAAUUGAGGCGCGCACGCCGUUGCGCAUUGGACACUUCCAGCAGAACGGAAACUUGAAGAAUGUGGCCCAUAUCGAUGCACCCGCGGCGGAAUUGACGUCAUCAGCCACGGCCGACAUCGGGGUGGACGUCGAAAUGCAAAUUAAGCCAUUCGCAUCGAUCGACUUGCGUGCGCCGGGAGCGGCAAUGGCAACCGCUACGAUGGAUCUCGAAGCGAAGAAGUCAAGCGCCAGUACAUCCAUUGACCCAUCAUCGGCGGUGGCGGAGGGUGAACCGGGCGACGAAAGUGUUCCCGAGCGACCGCCACCACCACCUAGUCCUGCCACACCGCCGGUACAGGAACCGGACAAGGGUAGUGGUGUAGACCUGAAGGAAACGACACUCAAGGAAUGGAGUGGUGAGAAUGGACACGGAACGACCGGUCCAGUGGCGGAAGCAGUUGUUAGAGCACUUGAAGGUGGUACUAGUGCUAGUGCUGGAGCGGAUGGGACUGGCGAUGGUGCAAAUGCGGAAGGAGAAAGUGCACCAGAAGAGGAUGAGGAUGAGUUUAAGCUCCUAAAAUAUCCGCUUGGUAAGAGUGCGUUCAGGCAGUUCUCCUGGAUCAUUACUUGGCCUAUCCAUCUGCUGUUUAUGUUCACCAUACCGAACUGUGAGAAGCCACGCUUCCGGAAUUGGUUCCCACUGACGUUCAUCAUGUGUAUCGUGUGGAUUGGGUCGCUUUCUUACGUCGUUGCAUGGAUGAUAACAAUUAUUGGUGAUACGCUCAAGAUACCGGACUCCGUAAUGGGCAUCACGUUUUUGGCUGCGGGAACGAGCGUGCCGGAGGCCGUCUCCAGUGUAAUAGUAGCAAAGCAAGGUCACGGUUCCAUGGGUAUUAGCAACUCGAUCGGUUCGAACACGUUUGACAUUUUGCUCUGUCUCGGAUUGCCAUGGUUUAUAAAGGCAGCAUUUUCACCGAUCGAACCGGGCCACCACUGGGUCGGCAUAAACUCGGCUGGUUUGGAGUAUUCGGCCAUCUCACUGCUGUCGACGCUGCUGAUGCUGUACAUUGCUUUCUCGCUGAACAAGUUCAAGCUGGAUCGGCGGGUCGGCAACGCCUGUUUAAUAAUGUACGCCGUAUUCCUCAUACUGGCCAGCCUGAUCGAGCUGAACGUGUUCUUCCGCGUCAAUCUGCCAACCUGCGGACGGUGAGCCAACGUAGACCCAAGGGCAGAGCGGAUGUGAACGGUUGUCCUAGCGUGUUUGCUGCAGGAACAAUCAAAGCAUAGGAUAUCGAAUUACGGGAAAGCAAAUACAGCAUGCGUCCUUUGAAU